UGUUCUGUCAAGUGUCAACUUUUUACCAUUGUCAAAUGAAAAAUUUGUCAAUCUAAAAGAAUUGGCCAAGUAAAAUAAAAAUUUAUUUGUUAGCUAUCACAAAUUCAUAAUUUUAUUGUUUUUAUUUACAAAAUAAUUCAAUGGCGUCAAGAAUUCAGGCUACAGCUCGUCAACUCUCAAAAACAUUUAAAAGAAAGAGUAGGUUUGAUAUAGGUAUCGCCUCUGAACUACCAGUAGCUUAUAAAAAGUUCUGGCGUGAAUGGAAGAUACUGAAACCAGCUGCAGUGCACUACAUACCUCAGGAAGGGAAAUGGAAGCGUGACGACCUCACUGGGGAGAUACUUCCGAUACAAAACGUCCCUCUUCCCCUUAAAUAUCCGGCGGAAAUUAAUGAGGGGUUGUGGGGUGGCGAGGCUGUGGUAAAAGGAUUCCAAAAACGUGACCCUCGACGACGCAGGGUCCCUCACUAUUGGGUUCCUGUAUUGAAGAGGACUGUGGUGAAAUCGGAGAUCCUGAACACCCAUUUGUCAGUGACAGUAACUGACCGUACCAUCAGCUUGAUCAAUGAUCAUUAUGGUUUUGAUCACUAUUUACUGAAGACGCCUGCAUGUGACCUAGUGUCCAUGUUAGCAUUGAAGCUCAAGAAACAGAUUCUGAUUGAGUUGAUGAAUGGAUGCCCCCGGUAUGCACAUGACCCUCAAAGACAGAAAGAGGUUUAUGAGGAAUAUAAAACAUAUUUAUCAUCGUACACCCCUGAAGAGAUUGAAUGGUAUGGCUUGUCAUGGUACGAGGCUCUAUGCAAGCUUGCUAAACAGAAGGAGGCAGCCAACAAGCCCGUCCCUUUAAAAAACAUGUACAGAAAGAAUCUAGUUGAAAAACUAAAAGCAGCGGGAAUCGAUUCAACUAAGACUUCGCCUGAAGAAAUAUCGAAUACAACUUCAUGGUUAUCCAAGAUGAAUCCUUUUGGUAAAAAAGAUGAAGCUUAAUAAUGUACAUACGUAUGACGAUUAUUCAAAUUGUUGUGUUUUUAGCAAAGUUACAUUUCAAGUAGAUGUGUUUACCAGAGAUAGUCUUUAAUUUAGAAUAAAUAGGUGUUACAAAA